AUGUUCCAAACGAAGGUGUGGCUUGAAUUUUUCUUCCCGCAGGCAGUUGCGGGCGCACGGCCGCUGCACCGCUGGCGCUCGGCGCGUGAGCAGGAGAUGGAGCGGCCGCCCGACGACGAUGUGGUGUAUCUGCUCGUGGCCUGCGAGGGGUACAUGACGGUGGCGCUCAAGUUCCCUGCAAGGCUGCCGCGCACCUCCGCAGCGGUGCCGACGAUGCCGUCGUGGGGAUACGGCACAGCGGCAGCUGCGGGGGGCGGAACAGGCAACACGGACGAGGAGGAGGGCAAGUACCGCUGCAACUGGGACCCACUGAAGAAGGUCUACUCGCUCUUCUUCAUUAUUGGCUAG